UAAUUGACCAGACAUAUAGCCCCACAUUCAACCACUACACUAGCCACCGCAUACUCCACCCAGCGAAUACACGCACGUACGACCCGUCCACAUCCAAUAGACGGCCCAAAUAUAUAUAGUAAAGUGCCAAUUAAAUUAGCAACACGCCCACAAAUUUUUACGGCGAAUUUUUUUUUUUGGUGAGAGACAUUCGAACUUGAAGGAUCAACUCACAUCAACCAAACUCAAUUAACAGCCGGUAUCCCAUUCUAACGGCGCACUCUUGAGAACUUAAUAUAAUAGACACACAAAAAUGAGCGAAAGUAACAACAACGAUUGGAAAUCCAAUUUGAACAUCCCGGUCAAAGACAGUAGACCACAAACAGAGGAUGUGUUAAACACCAAGGGUAAGUCAUUUGAAGACUUCAACUUGAAGAGAGAAUUGUUGAUGGGGAUUUUUGAAGCAGGAUUCGAAAAGCCUUCACCAAUUCAAGAAGAGUCUAUCCCUAUGGCCUUGGCCGGGAGAGACAUUUUGGCCAGAGCCAAGAACGGGACCGGUAAGACCGCAUCCUUUGUUAUUCCAUGUUUACAACAAAUCAAGCCCAAGGUCAACAAGAUACAGGCACUUAUUUUGGUGCCCACCAGAGAGUUGGCCUUACAAACAUCCCAGGUUGUCAGAACCUUGGGUAAGCAUUUAGGAGUGCAAUGUAUGGUCACCACGGGAGGAACCUCGUUGAGAGAUGACAUCAUUAGAUUGAAGGACCCUGUACAUAUUUUGGUUGGUACUUUAGGAAGAGUGUUGGAUUUAGCCCUGAGAAAAGUGGCAGAUUUACUGGAAUGUCCAAUGUUUGUCAUGGAUGAAGCUGAUAAGAUGUUAUCACGUGAAUUCAAGGGGAUAAUUGAACAAAUUUUGGCCUUUUUCCCAGAAAAUCGUCAAUCUUUACUUUUUUCUGCCACUUUCCCCUUGGCAGUUAAGUCCUUUAUGGAUGAACAUUUGAAUAAACCAUAUGAAAUUAAUUUGAUGGAUGAAUUAACUUUGAGAGGUAUUUCUCAAUUCUAUGCUUUUGUUGAAGAAAAGCAAAAAUUACAUUGCUUGAACACCUUAUUCAGUAAAUUACAAAUUAAUCAAUCGAUUAUAUUUUGUAAUUCGACUAAUAGAGUCGAAUUAUUGGCCAAAAAAAUCACUGAAUUAGGAUAUUCCUGCUACUAUUCACAUGCCAAAAUGCCACAACAAGCUAGAAAUAAGGUUUUCCAUGAAUUUAGACAGGGGAAAGUCCGUAACUUGGUUUGUAGUGAUUUAUUGACCAGAGGUAUUGAUAUUCAAGCGGUUAAUGUUGUGAUUAAUUUCGAUUUCCCAAAGACUGCUGAAACUUAUUUACAUAGAAUUGGUCGUUCAGGAAGAUUUGGACAUUUGGGUUUGGCCAUUAACUUGAUGAGUUGGAAUGAUCGUUAUAACAUGUACAAGAUUGAACAAGAAUUGGGUACUGAAAUCACUCCAAUUCCUGCCGUUAUUGACCGUAAGUUGUAUGUUGCUGAAAACGAAGAUGCCGUUCCAAAACCAUUCAAGAUUGAAGAAUUACCAAAGGGAAAUGAAAAUAUUGUAAAGGGAUAUGCUUAUCUGGGACAACCAGAAGUUGGACAGGCUCCACCUCAAGCUCCCCAACGUGCACCAGCUCCUCAAGGCUACAACGGAGCACCAGUUCCAGUUCAAUACCAACAAGGUAUUCCUCCACAAUACCAACAAGGGGUUCCUCCACAAUUCCCACAAGGUGUUCCCCAGGGCCAACCACCUGCUGGCUACGGAAUCCCACAACAAUACGGUCAAUACCAACAAGUUCCCCCUCAACAAGCAGCACCACCCCAAGCUCAACAAUACCAAUAG